UUGAGGGAAAAGACUAAAGGAGGGAGAAAGAGGCAGAUGGAGAAAAAACAGCGAGUGACGGGGAAAAAAGAGCAAGGAGGGUGAGUGAGGAGGGUGGGAGAGAGCAGAUUGAGAGAGAGAGAGAGAGAGUGAGAGAGAGAGGAGGGGAGGGGGAAUAGAAAAAGACAGAGGGAGUACAGAGGAAGGGGAGGUUUAUCCAACAGCGCUGGUGAGACAGAAGUUUCAGCUCUGCGCUUCACACACAGCCAGGACAGAAGAUAACACACACAUACAGACAGAUACAAUGCUGCUCCCAGCGAGCGUGCUGAUUGGCCUGCUGUGCCUGAGCCAUGCAGGGGUUGUGGAGGGUUUCGCCCGUCUGCUGGACGAUGUGGAGCUGCGCUCAGCAUUCUCAGUUGCUCGCACCAGCAGCAUGGAAGGUGGACCCAAGAUGACCGUGACCUUUGAUGCGGUUUACGUCAACAUUGGUGGUGAUUUUGACCCCAAGGCCGGCGUGUUUCGCUGUCGUAUCCCCGGGGCUUACUACUUCUCCUUCACAGUGGGGAAGUUUCCACACAAAGACCUGUCUGUGAUGCUGAUGAAGAACAGAAACGAGGUGCAGGCAAUAGUUUAUGAGGAGAACGCUGGAGAAGAGAGAAAGGUGCAGAGCCAGAGUGUUAUGCUGCAGCUGGAGUUCGGUGACACCGUGUGGCUGCGUCUCCAUGGUGACCCUCGCUAUGCUCUCUACAGCAACACUGGUCAUUACACCACCUUCAAUGGGUACCUCAUCUACCCAGACAUCUACGACUAUCAGACGCACCACCACCAACACCAUCCUGCCUACAAUUCCCAGCAGCCCCAGCAGGACAACAUCCCCUCACUGAACAGUAACCAGGCCACAAUCAUGUCAGGUCUGGAGCGAGAGACAUGCCUGGAGGAGAAGGAGCCGCAACACCGAGAAGAGGAGGAAGAGGAGGAGGAAGAUGAAGAUGAGGAGGAAGAUGACCAGAGAUCUGCCUUCUCAGUGGGGCGCACCCAGAGUAUCGUGGGAGUUGACCAAGUAGGCAUGCCGCAGCACCAGCCUGUUGGUUUUGAUACAGCGUUCGUCAACAUUGGAGAAGAUUUCAACAUGACGGAGGGGAUUUUCACUUGCCGCAUCCCUGGCGUUUACUACUUCUCCUUCAACGUGGGCAAGCUGCCGCAGAAGACACUGUCCGUCAAGCUGAUGAAGAACCGUCUUGAGGUGCAGGCAAUGAUCUACAUGACAGCCAAGGUCGAGAAAGCUCUGCAGAGUCAGAGCUUGAUGCUGGCGCUGAAACCAGGAGACACAGUCUGGCUCUACUCGCACCAGAGAGAUGGAUUUGGGGCUUACAGCAACCACGCCAAGUACAUCACCUUCACUGGCUUCCUGGUUUACCCAGACUUCCCCACCACCACCACCACCAGCACCAGCCAAUCAUAUGCAGACAAGAAACCCUAGCUGCAGGGCACCAACUAGGGGACUGAACAUUGUGAGAGGAAUUCAUGCAAGACGGAAAAGUCUCCAAGUGCAUCCACAGAGAGCGUUCCUGGUUCAUGCGCAGAGAGGAAAAUACUAUAAUGAUGCUUCUUUGUGGUUUGUCUUUGACGCUUCCUCUUCAUAUGAAUUCCUUCGCAAAGUCACAUGGACCUUGGACUGAGUACAGAGCUCAAAUGAAAAUCUCCUCAAUUUCCAGUUAAUGGUUUCGCAGGAUGUGAUUUCAAUGCACUUAAAUGUGGAACCUUGAAUGACAGUAAUGUGAACUCUAAUAGAAUAUUUCACUCUGUAAUGAAAACCCAGUCAUUACCUGCUCAUCUCUGUCAGCCUCAGCUUUCAUUAAAGUCAGUGCGAUCCACCACAAUGCACAAGUUAUUGUACAUUCACACACCUGUGGAAAGAAACUAGGUAAAUUUACCCAAGUACAGUAUUUGAGGCCAAGUUUGAGUUACUCGUACUUUAGUUGUGUAUUUCCAUCUUAUGUGACUUUAUAUUUCUACUACUUCCCACCACAUUUCAGGGGAAAAUGUUUUACUUUUUACUGCAAAACAUUUAUUUGAUGGCUACAGUUAGAAAUUAAAAAAACGCACUAAAGAUGAUGUAUCACUAUAGAUGAAUUGACCGAAUAGCACAAAAGGUUAGAGAUGAAAGUGAUUCAGGCUGAUUAAUUGAUGAGUCAAUCAACAGAAAAUUAAAACCAGUUUAAUAACUGAUUCAUCUAAAUAAGAAAAAGAAAAUUUCAUUCAUUCAUUCACUAUUACAAAUAUUUAUAUUUAACAAUGUGAAGCAUUUCAUGGUUCCAGUUUCUUAAAUUACAAUAACUUGAGUAAUUCUGAGGUUUGACAAAAUAAGCCAGCUACAAACCAAACAAUCAGCUGAUUAAUCAAGAGCAUAAUCAGCUGAUUAAUACAUAAUGAAAAUAAUCAUAUUGCAGUUGUAGUUACAGUCCUGUAUCAAACAGUUCAAAAUCAGCUGCACCUAAACCAACUACAGUAAAGUAAUCUGCCGCUUACACGUGAAUGCAUCAGUGCUUUAUAAUCAACUGAUUGCACUGUUCACACACGUCCUCUGGUGGGGCUCUAGUAGUAGAAGAAACUUGGCUGCUGAUUGAAGUGAAACAAAAUGAUUAUUGGCAAUGAUUCAUGAAAACUCAUGCACAUCUACUGUCCUUCGUUAAUCUGUAGACGAGGUUCACUGACCACAGAUGAUCAGUGGAUAUUUAACAGACAUCAAGUUGAGGAGAUAAUAAUGGUGUUUUCAUUUUUAAGUGAAAUGUUCCUCUACAUGCAUUUGUUAUCCUAGUCAAAGACUUGGUGUUCCUGCUCGUGUGUAAAAAGUUUCUUUAUGUCUUUAGAGGCAUGAGACAAUGAUAUGAAAAGUGUGUUUUGUGUCAAAAUGAGUCUCUUCUCUUCGUUUUGGAGUGUUUCUCAUCCCGAUACUCGACCGCAGCAGGAGCAGAGGACGCAGACUGCAUCCCCAUCCAACUGUUGACCACAUGCCACCACUGAGCCUGCAGGGAACUGGACCGUAAUUUGAUUUCUAAUUCUAGCAGCGUUUAAUUCAUUCCUUCAGAUGGCGAGCACUGCGGGGAAAAUUGAAUUGCUUCUCCUGGGCCUCUGUAACAUGCAUGUCUGUUUAAUUUCACACUGCCGGGAGAAAGAUGAUGCAGUUCAAAUUGUGAUGAACCCUGACUUUAUGAAAUCACCUUCUCUGUUGGAGAGGCACAAUGUGAAGUGAUACUUCACUCUGAUUGAACAUUUACAUCUUUUUUAUUAGACUUAACUGGAUGUUCAUUUAUGAGAAGUGAGAGCUCUGAUAUAAACUAUGGUCUAAAAACACCUAGUGCACUGCAAGUAGGUCAAUUUAGUUCUUAAGCGUCAAACUGUUUUUCUGAAAAUUAUCUCAUCAAGAGAGAGUGCCAUUUUCAGUUUUAAGAAUUCAAAUGAGAAUAUCUUGGUCAACAGGUUGGUUUGGCAGAUUUCUGCUGCCACUUCAACUCAAAAUUAGUGAAAAGAGUUUCAUCUGUGGGGCUGUAAGUUACAUUUAAAUUUAAUCAAUAUUUUGAGUAAAUAUUGGACCAAAUGACUAUAUGUAAUGAGAGAGGGGUUGCUUGUAGACAGUUAUUACUGUUAAACUCACCCUACACUACCAACCCACCAAAUGAAAGACACACUUAGCGGCUAGCUGGUGAACAUAGUGGAGCCAGAUAUUUUUCUCAGGAGCUGGUGGAGACCAAAAGAUCUAAAAAUAGGGAGUGUAUGGACUUGGAUUCAUCAGGUGGACAGAAACUCAAAGCUAAUAUUGCUCUGUGUCUGACAUACAUGUAAAUAAGCAACUGUUUGCUAAUACUGUCACCAUGACAACAUUAAAAUGGUGAUGUCAGUGUUGUGUUUACAGCUAAUUCCAUUGGCCCCAAGUGGCCCAAAAAAAAAAAAAAAUCUUAAUGCAGCUUUAAAAUAGUGUCCCUUGUACUCUGGAUAAUCCACAGAACACAAUGUACAACAGGUUAUUGUUGUUGUGUUUUUAAAAAAAAAAAAAACUCAAACUACUUUCUACUGAAGAAAUAGUUCAUAUGUGAAUUAUCCAGAGGAAUAAAGAUUGUUUUGGCACCACAUGCACAGCAGUCCAUUCAUCUCUAUUUUGAAGCAGUGAAGAAAUCUCAGAAAACAAAAACUUUUACACAGAACACCAAAACUACUGUAGAUACAUGGUUAGAUAUGACUUCGUUAUGGAGAAAACACAGUAUGUUUUUCUUUAUAUAAUCAGAUCCUUUAAAUGGAGGCAAACAUGAUUACUAAGAUUAAGCAAAAUGUAUUGGUGGCAGAUCUCCAACAAACUGAACAGACAGCAGUCUCCAGCCUGUGGUAUGAGACCCUGCAAUGUUGGAUGAUAAAUCCAAGGUUCUAACCACCACUGAUAUUAGGUUUCGCUUGAUACAUUUACUAUAAAAUAUCAUAUCUAAAAUGUUUCUGAGAGACUUCAAAAACAUUGUUGCCUAUUUAUCUUCCUGCUGCCUUGACAUUCUGUCCCAUAAUAAAGAUGCUCCAGCGACUGGUUAAUGCAGCACUAACCCUGAACCAGAACUGAUCUGGGAAAGACUGCUUUUGCUGUUCAUGCAGCAUUUCAUUGAAUAAUCUGCAAUGUCAGUUAAAACAAAACACUUAUACCUCUCUUUAACAUUGUCAAUAAUCCUUCUCUUCCUGCUUGUGACUACUUUCACUGAGACUGCACGUUUUAUAGUGUUUUCUGUUGAAAAAUGAACGCGUUCCUUCUCCCUGCGACUUCUUUUCACUGUAAACAAGGUGUUGCUGUAAAAGAGCAUGUACACUCAGCCAACCUACUCUGGAUAGAUAAAAUAAAAACUUAACUAAAAAAAUACAGUCAGAGUGGUCAACAGUCAUGAAAGUCUUUGGCACAGGGGAAACAAACUCACACUAAUAACAGACAGCGUCUCAUGAGUUUCACACUCACCAGGCCUCUCUCCACCACUGUGUUACUAAUCAACAAUUUCCUGUCCUUUACGGCUGCAGUGACUUCUAAGAAAGCGACAAAAUUUGUAACAAUGAAGUGCUUUUUUUUCCACAGUAAGAAAUUAUACUGUGAGUGUGCCUCAUUUCAGAUAUUAAUGUAUCCUGUCACAGUCUAACCCUUGGUGGUUCCUCUAUUUCAGCCUCAGUGACCUGUGAUCGCCUCUGACUUUAAAAACAGACCCGACCUAGUUCAGUACAUCACGAUUGGACUGUGAAGGUGAAACAGUGAAAAAUCCUGAACAGAACUUGUGGUGUUUGAAGUGACUUGAGCAUAUGACACACUCAGAAGCAACUGUGUGAUGCAUGCAUGUAACUGAAAAAUAAAAUUACGUAAAAAGAUGCUUUCAUGAUCGCUGAACAGCUUCACAGGCUCAGUCGCUGCCUGUUAACUGUGUAUUUUUAUUGAUAAGUGAAUUAUCUGUGCAGUAAUUGACAAUAUGUUGGAUGUUUCUGGUCCGUGUUUCUUUCUUUCUUUCAGAUAAUCCUGAUGAAAGAUCGAUCAUUGUGUAUUCGAAACUAUGUCAAGCAGACGUGGGUCAAAAUGUGUUAAUGCUCAGUUUGGGUUUGUGUCCCAAAAACCACAGAUCCAACCAUGAUAGAAAAAUAACUUAAAAAAAAAAAAAAAAAACAACACUGUAAAACAUUUUGACCCAUGUCUUGUUUAAGAGUCUGGCUCAUGUUGACUCUUUGAAAUGUUUUGAGUAUUUCUUACGUGUUAACAAAAAAUGAAUGCUUCAAUGAACAUGUUUGACAAAAUAAAAAAAGAAAUGUACAGCCUG